AUGGUGCGUCAGCUCCACGACGGAAUGACGCGCAUCACGGAAAACGGGACUGUCUCAGAAGCACUUGUAAUAACCAACGCACCGAUGCGGGGCUGCGUACUCGCCCCCACCCUUAUCAGUCUCUUGUCUUCUGCCAUGCUAAUGGGCGCCUACCGUGACGAGCGUCCCAGGAUCCUCAUUGCCUGCAGGACUGGCAGCCAUCUACUCAUCGGCCGGCACAUGCGGGCCUCAACGCGUCUUCCCACGACUACUGUUCACGGUCUGCUCUUCGCGGAUGAUUGUGCACUCGACACCGCGACAGAAACUGGCAUGCGACAGAACAUGGAACUCUUGGUCUCCUGCUGCGCCAACUUCGGGCUACCCAUCAACACGGACAAAGCGGUGGUCAUGCAUCAACCGCCACCCAACGCUGCAAAGAAUGUUCCUCGCAUCCACAUCAACGGCACCAAAAUGAAGACCGUGGACAAAUUCGCUUACUUCGGUAGCGCACUCUCACGCUGCAUCAAAAUCGACCACGAAGUUACCCACCGGAUCUCCAAAGUCAGCCAGGCCAUUGAUCGGCUGUGGAACUCCAUAUGGAAUCACCACUGUCUCCAUCUUAACACCAAAGCUGUCAUCUUGGCGAACCUGCUGUAUGGAGCGGAGACUUGGACAGCCUACAAGAAACAAGCACGGAAACUCAACUCCCCCUCCACUUCAGUUGUCUACCUCGGAUACUAA